AUGGAGGAGAUCUUCAAGCCAGCCCCCGAGCCUGCGACCCCCCUCGGUCGUUACCGAGUGCUCUCGUCCUCUGCCGGCAUUCGAGUGUCGCCGCUCCAGCUGGGCGCCAUGUCCAUCGGUGAUGCUUGGAAUCAAUUCAUGGGCAGCAUGAACAAGGAGCAAUCCUUCAAGUUACUCGAUGCCUUCGUCGCGGCCGGUGGUAACUUCAUCGAUACCGCCAACAACUACCAGAACGAGCAAUCCGAGACCUGGAUCGGCGAGUGGAUGGCGGCUCGCAAGAACCGUGAUCACAUCGUCCUUGCCACCAAGUUCACCACGGACUACCGCACCUGGGAGCUGGGCAAGGGUAAUGCCCCGAAUGUGACCGGCAAUCACAAGCGCAGCAUGUUCAACAGUGUUCGCGACUCGCUGCGGAAACUGCAAACCGACUAUAUCGAUAUCCUGUAUCUGCACUGGUGGGAUUGGACUACAUCCAUCGAGGAGGUCAUGGACUCCCUACACAUCCUGGUCGAGCAAGGCAAAGUUAUGUACCUGGGUAUCUCCGAUAGUCCCGCGUGGGUCGUCGCAGCAGCCAACACCUACGCUCGCGCACACGGCAAGACCCCCUUCUCCAUCUACCAGGGCCGCUGGAACGUGAUGCGUCGUGACUUUGAGCGCGACAUCAUCCCGAUGGCUCAACACUUUGGCAUGGCCCUUGCACCCUGGGACGUGCUGGGCGGAGGCCACUUCCAGACUGCCAAGGCCAUCGAGGCCCGGAAAGCACAGGGCGAGGGUCUCCGCAGUAUCAUGGGCGGAGACCAGAGCGAGGAUGAGCGUCGGGUCUCAGAGGCGUUGGCCAAGGUCGCCGCCGAGCAUGGCAUCGAGUCGGUGACCGCAGUGGCUCUGGCCUACGUCUUGUGCAAAUGCCCCAACGUCUUCCCCAUCGUGGGCGGCCGCAAAGUCGAACACCUCCAUGACAACAUCCAAGCCCUGUCGAUCCGUCUGACCGAGCAGCAAAUUCAAUUCCUGGAAUCAGCAAUCGCCUUCGACCCCGGUUUCCCAAGCAAUUUCAUCGGUGCCAACCCGGCCACCACGACGGGCAAACUCAGCGGCUUGGCGGGCACUGGCGGGCAGGUCGAGAUUGUGAAAGCCCCCACGGCGAUCGGAUAUGAGCCCGGUCACUGA